GGCGCGGCGAUGGGGGCUCUCCCGGCGCUGCUGGGGGCCGCCUUGCUGUGGGCCGGCGCCGGGGCCCUCGUCAACCUCAAGUACUCGGUGGAGGAGGAGCAGCGGGCCGGCACGGUGAUCGCCAACGUCGCCAAGGACGCCCGGGACGCCGGUUUCGUGCUGGACCCCCGGCAGCCUGCCGCCUUCCGGGUGGUCUCCAACUCGGCCCCCCACUUGGUGGACAUCAGCCCCGGGUCCGGGCUGCUGGUGACCAAGCAGAAGAUCGACAGGGACCUGCUAUGCCGACAGAGCCCCAAGUGUGUCAUCUCGCUGGAGGUGAUGUCCAGCUCCAUGGAGAUCUGCGUGAUCAAGCUGGAGAUCAAGGACCUAAACGACAAUGCGCCCAGCUUCCCCACCGACCAAAUCGAGUUGGAGAUCUCGGAGACGGCCAGCCCUGGCACCCGGGUGCCACUGGAGAGUGCCUAUGACCCGGACUCGGGCAGCUUUGGUGUGCAGAGCUAUGAGAUCACCCCCAAUGACCUCUUUGGUCUGGAGACCAAGACACGGGGUGAUGGGUCCCGUUUUGCUGAGCUGGUGGUGGAGAAGAGCCUGGACCGUGAGACCCAGUCCCACUACAGCUACGUGAUCACAGCGCUGGAUGGUGGUGACCCGCCCAACUUUGGCACAGUUGAGCUCAGCAUCCGCGUCAUCGACUCCAAUGACAACAACCCGCUCUUUGAGGAGCCAGCCUACACCGUCAGCGUGCCUGAAAAUGCCCCACCGGGGACACCGGUCAUCCGCCUCAAUGCCUCUGACCCGGACGAGGGCACCAACGGCCAGGUCCUCUACUCUUUCCACAGCUACGUCUCUGAGCGGGCCCGGGAGCUCUUCCAAAUCGACCCCCAGAGUGGCCUCAUCACGGUGAGCGGUGCCAUUGACUAUGAGGAGGGUCACGUCUAUGAGCUGGACGUGCAGGCCAAGGACUUGGGGCCUAACUCCAUCCCUGCCCAUUGCAAAGUGACCAUUAGUGUCCAGGAUGCCAAUGACAACCCGCCCGUCAUCAACCUGCUCUCUGUCAACAGUGAGCUGGUGGAGGUGAGCGAGAACGCCCCGCCGGGGUACGUCAUCGCCCUGGUGCGGGUCUCGGAUCGCGACUCCGGGGCCAACGGGCGGGUGCAGUGCAAGCUCCUGGGCAAUGUGCCUUUUCGACUCCAGGAGUACGAGAGCUUCUCCACCAUCCUGGUGGAUGGGCGGCUGGACCGGGAGCAGAGGGACCAGUACAACCUCACCCUCCAGGCCAGGGACAAUGGCAUCCCUUCCCUGCAGGCCACCAAGUCCUUCACCGUCAAGAUCACCGAUGAGAAUGACAACCAUCCCCACUUCUCCAAACCCUAUUACCAAGUCAUCGUGCAGGAGAACAACACCCCAGGGGCCUACCUCCUCUCAGUCUCAGCCAGAGACCCUGACCUGGGCCUCAAUGGCAGCGUGUCCUACCAGAUUGUGCCCUCCCAAGUCAGGGACAUGCCUGUUUUCACCUAUGUCUCCAUCAACCCCAACUCUGGAGAUAUCUAUGCUUUGAGGUCCUUCAAUCAUGAACAGACCAAGGCCUUUGAGUUCAAGGUCUUGGCAAAAGAUGGGGGUAAUCCCUCUCUGCAGAGCAAUGCCACUGUCAGGGUGAUCGUCCUGGAUGUCAACGACAACACGCCCGUGAUCACGGCCCCGCCGCUGGUCAACGGGACGGCGGAGGUGUACAUCCCCAGGAACGCGGGGGUUGGCUACUUGGUGACAGUGGUCAAGGCAGAUGACUAUGAUGAGGGUGAAAAUGGCAGACUUUCCUAUGAAAUGGUGGAAGGAGACAGAGGAUUUUUUGAGAUCGACCAGGUCAAUGGAGAAAUAAGGACCACCAGAGCCUUCGGGGAGAACGCCAAAACAGCCUAUGAGCUCAUCGUGGUGGCUCAUGACCAUGGGAAAACAUCUCUCUCGGCUUCUGCCUUGAUUUUGAUAUACCUGUCUCCAGCCCUGGAUGCCCAGGAGUCCAUAGGAUCUGUUAACCUCUCCUUGAUUUUCAUUAUUGCCCUGGGGUCUAUUGCAGCCAUUCUUUUUGUCACCAUGAUCUUUGUGGCAGUCAAGUGCAAAAGGGAUAACAAGGAAAUCAGGACCUACAACUGCAGAAUCGCAGAGUACUCCUAUGGGCAUCAAAAGAAAUCAAGCAAGAAGAAGAAAAUCAGCAAGAAUGAUAUCCGCCUGGUGCCGCGGGACGUGGAGGAGACGGAUAAAAUGAACGUUGUGAGCUGCUCCUCUCUCACUUCCUCCCUCAACUACUUCGACUACCACCAGCAGACCCUGCCGCUGGGCUGCCGGCGCUCCGAGAGCACCUUCCUCAACGUGGAGAGCCAGAACAACAGGAACGCCGGCUCCAACCACAUUUACCACCACACCUUCACCGGGCAGAGCCCCCAGCAGCCCGACCUCAUCAUCAACGGGAUGCCGCUGCCGGAGACUGAAAACUACUCCUUUGAUUCCAACUACGUGAACAGCAGAGCUCAUUUAAUAAAAAGCAGCUCCACGUUCAAGGACUUGGAGGGGAACAGUCUGAAGGACAGUGGCCAUGAGGAGAGUGACCAGACAGACAGCGAGCAUGAUGUGCAGCGGGGCCUCUACUGCGACACGGCCGUCAACGAUGUGCUGAACACCAGCGUCCCCUCCAUGGGCUCCCAGGGCCCUGAGCAAGAGCAGAGCGAGGGGUUCCACUGCCGGGAGGAGUGCCGCAUCCUGGGCCACUCGGACAGGUGCUGGAUGCCCCGCGGCGCCGUGCCCAGCCGCGCCAAGUCCCCCGAGCACGGCAGGAACGUCAUCGCCCUGUCCAUCGAGGCCACGGCGGUGGACGCAGAGCCUUACGCAGACUGCAGCACAAAAAGGACCUUCGCCACCUUCGGCAAGGAGGGCAGCGAGCCCCCGGCCGAGGAGCGGCUCGCCAACCCCAAAGGCAAAAGAACGGUGGACUCGGCCGCCUGCAGCCCCAAGGUGAGCGGCGCCGUCCGCGAGGCCGGCAACGGCUGCGAGGCCGUCAGCCCCGUCACCUCGCCCCUGCACCUGAAGAGCCCCUUGUCCGGCAAGCCGGCGGUGCCGUACGGAGCCGGGCACUGCGCCGGCAGCCGGGAACGGGAGCCCUUUGGGAACAGUGGCCCUUCCCGGCCCACGGAGGCAGAGCCCCGCGGGGCGGACAGCGAGAGCAGCGGGCAGGAGGGCAACCCGCUCCUGCAGGAACGCCGGGACAAGGACUCGCCUGGCGCCCGGAGACUAAAGGACAUCGUCCUCUGAGCAGCACUCGGCGAGAGGAGGAUGAGGAUGAGGGACCGCACGACUCCCAGCGCAGAUUGUUUUUAUUGCUUACCAAUGGUUCACAGAUUGCUGUAUUUAAAAGCUUUCCCUAAAUGUAUUGUUUAUAAAUGAAGCUAUCGUUAGUGUGACAAUCCCAUGUGUCUCGACAGGCGGCAGGGGUGUGCAGCCGGAGCGGAGGAGCCGGUGUUCGCUUUUGCCGGGAGGCGGCGGGUGGCGGGGGCAGAGGCGAGACACCCCCCAGGCCUCAGGAGUGCUCGGUAUUCCCUCCUCGGAAUUGAUAUAUUUUUAUAUCUCAAAACAAAGAUAAAUUUCCAUUCCUGGAAAGGAUUGAGUGGCAAAUUCCUUAUUCGGACAUCUUUAGUAACCACCCCGGCGGUUUUGUAGUGUGGACAAAGUAGCGGCUGUUUCUUGUGUGGGACUGUUCAAAGCAACAGUCGGGUGAGUUUCAGUUCCGAUUCAUCCAGCACGAGGUUGUUUGUAUUUUAAGGUGUUGGUGUUUUGCUAUGGACACCCCUGCAUUUAUGAAUCCUUUUGCUGUCACAUACUUAUCUGUACUAUUAUUGUAUUUGAUAUUGCAAAUUACUGUAUGUCUAGUGAUGGCAAAAGGCUUUCAGGCUUGAAAAAAAAAAGAAUAAAAAAAAAAUAAAUCACAAUCAUCUUACUUAAACUUUGGGGAACCUGCAGUUUGCAGCCCCGGUGGAGCAAGCGCUUCUUCCGGCCCCCACCAUUGCCUGCAGCCUCCCCUGGCUCCUGCAGGAAAAUGACAGGGCAUUAUGGGAAGACGUUUUUGGGGAAAAUCCUGCCUGGAUUGCAAUUGUCGGAUGCACUGUGCUGAACUUUUCCCCUCAUCCGUUUCUUUUGCAUAAUUUCAAGGCAAUGCAUGGAAAGGUUUUUUUCCAGAAGUUGGUUAUUUUGGUUUUUUUCCAGUUCCCAGAUUUAGCUAUCCCUCGCCUCCAGUCAUUUCCAAGUCAAAGAGAUGGAAUUAUUUUAAGAGAUCUAAAUUACCUUCUCAAUUAGACACACACACACUUCCAAGUCAGCGUUUCCUGGUCGUGAUUACGCCAAGAGUGUGUAUGUAUGUAUGACAUCAUGGCAUGGAUUUUAGACUGUUCUGAUUUCUUUCUAUCCCUGCAUCCUAAGUAAGUAUGGGAUGAGCAAUAGUGAUGUUAAUUUAGGGGCAGACAGGUGAUAUGUAACAACGCUACUAAUUCAAUUAAUGUGCCUUCUUAAUGGAGAAAAAAUUAAAGCAAUUCAUUAUUUUUUCUCAUAAUUAAGGACUUUUUUGUGUGGGUACAAAUCUACUCAUAUAAAAUUGAUUUGAAAAUUGAGCUACUUUAAUAGCCAUUUUGUAGAAGGGAGAGAGGGAAGGGAUUCCACAGCUCUCUGCUCUCUUGCAGUGAUGAUUCCUCAGUGAGGUAUGAGUAAGGUAGGAGGAUUUCAGUUAGUGCAUUAUUACUAUUAUUAUUAUUGCUAUUAUUAUUAACCCUUCACUGAACAGAUUUUUCCUACCCCAAAUAAUGUUUCCUAGAAUUUAAAAUUGAUUAUGGAAGGAAAAAUAUAUAGCUUUUGCCAAUGUUUGCUGUACCAGCAAGUUGAAAUUAGUGGUUUCUAGAGAAAGAGUCUUUCUAGGCCUACAUAUCAUGAUAAAGUAUUUGUUACUUGAUUUAUUUAAAUGAAAAACAACAAGAAAACAAGUUCCAGUCAUUAUUAUCCUCAAAAUAAAAUUAAACUCCAGCCAUUUAUUUCUUCAGGACAGACUGAUCUUGCCUGAAGCCACAGACGGUCUGAGACAGGUCUGCAGUCAUCCUGUUCCCCCUGCCACUUGCUAGGGCCAGGAAUUGGGAAAGAAUCAACAAAAAAACAGCUGUCUAAUGAAAUUUGUGAUGCUUCCCUCACUGGUGUGAUGACUACCUCAUUCAGCUCCCAUCCCACGCGUUAACAUGAUGUCCUGCGUCCCUCCAGAAAGCAAACUGGGGAUUUUUUCCCCUCUUCUGGAUUCUGAGCCCAUUUUUCAGGGAUAUGUUGUUUCUGUUCCCGCCGUGUUUCCUGCCUGUGUACUGUUACUGCUGUCAUUUAUUUCUGGUUUUUUUUCCCCAAAUGUGUGUUUUAUUGUAACACAAGCAAAGAGGAGAGGGGCUGACUCAGGGCUGUUGGAGUUACUGGGUGUUCUGUAACUAUUAAGCUGAGUUUGUUCUGAUGUUACCUGGUUUUGUCAUCUCUGGGAGGUUUUUUGUGGGGGGGAAGCUUCUCCCGUGUUUCAAUGACUCCAUGUGGCCCCAUCACCAUCCCACACCUCUGCUGGGAGGGGACCCAGCUUCCCCAUAGCCCAUCGUGGGGUGGGGAGCAUGGGUCCCCCCCAGGUGCCCCCUCAUCCUCCCCAGCUGCCCGGAAAAGUGCCGGCCGAUAAUUCCUGCUGAGCGUUGCCCUCUGCCUGCGGAGCUGCCACCACCAGCCUGGUGUUUCGGAUGAAAAAUAGAUGCUAACUGAAAAGGAAGAGAGGAAAAAAAAAAAAAGAAAAGAAAAAAUAGAAACACUUCUCUAAUUUACCCAGAGGAAACGUUCCUUGCCACUCUGAAUAAAAGCACAGCUGAGAAAGAAUGUGAAAUAAUUCUGUAUUAAAAGGGGGCAUUAAAGAGGUCAGUAAACCCUUAUGCCUCCAAGAAAAUCAUUUAAACACCAGUUUUCUGGGCUGACCCAGGCUGCAGCGGGGGAUGUGAGCGAGGGGCCCUUCCCUGGUACGGCCUUGCUGCGCAGGGCCAAGGCGAGACCCAGAGAGCAGCCCCGGCUUCGCUGCCUUGGCCCUCUCCAGAAUAUUUUGGUACUCCUGUCACUGUCCCUCUGUGUCACUCGAGAUGAGUUCAGGCUCCUGGGCAAAUCGCAGUCUCUUGUUUUUUUCCUACUUGCAUCGAAACUGGCCAUGCAAAAAAUGUUCCAAGCUGCAGGGCGGGCAGGAAGGCUUUUUGGAAGGGUUCCAGAUGUAAUUAUUGUGCUUUUUAAUAACUUAAACCUGUCCUCAGAUUUGGUUUAGGAAAAAUCGCUGGGAUCUGUUGGUUUCCUUCAGGCAAACUUGCUCUGCUCCCCUGUUUAUCCAGGAGAGCAGCAAGCAGCGACGAUUCUCCCCCGAGCAUGACGAGGACCCCAUCUGGAGCAGCUUUGGGGCUGGGGGCCGGAGGCUGAGCUCUUCCCUGCUCCCUUGGGAGCCCCGGCCUUUCCCACCCUUGAGGCUGCAGGGCUGUGCCGGGAGGGAUGGUGGAGGGCUGGGGGGCACAACUGAUGGCUGGAAAAAUCCUCCCCCCCACCAAGCACUGUCUGCUGAGGUUGUUGCCGUUCCCUGUUUGUUGUGAGCUGGAGGUGGCCUGUGGAUCACACUUCGUGCAAAAGUGAAUUCCUUUCUUUUUUUGUUUUUAUUUUUCCAAAUAGGAAACAAGUUGCUUUUGUGAAGAACACACUGUCUGAUGAAUAUGUUGAAAUUAUUCUUGGGGGGGGGAGAAGAAAAAAUCUAUCAGUGGAAACACAUUUGUCUGUCAUUGGGGAAAAUGGAUGGUCUUGUUGCUGCAGCUGCUUUUGCAGCUAUGGGUAAUCUCUGAUCCAACUUGUGAGCUGCGGUACCCGCCGGGGAGAAGCCUGGCCGCCCCCGCUGCGAGCUCUGCUGAGACUGAGACGGAGCCUUCGCCGGCGUCAGCUGAUGUUCAGCUGAUCUAAGCUGGGGUAGAGUCUCCAGACACCCCUCACAAACUGGCUCUCAGCAGCACCCGGCCCCGGCAGCCCGGCGGGCAGCGGUGGCCGGGCGGCCGCGGGACUGAGCGCGGUACGUCUCGUCAUGGUGUCUCCGUUGCCGAGUAUAUGAAGAAUAAAUUGUUGUAUAUGCUGAUAUGUAUGUUAUGUACAUUUUCACAGUGAUUGAAUCAUUGUAAACGACAAAAUGGAAAAAGGAAAAAAAAAAGAAUCACCAUUCUGUCUAUUUUAUGAAGAUGAUAAAGCAGCUUUAUUAAAUUAUUAUGAUUCUGUUUCCAAAUGGUGUACCUGCCACAUUGGGAUUUUUUCAUCUGAUGAGAACUUUGUUUUCCACCUAAAUGUGAUUUUAUUUUCUCUGCUUUGAGCAUCUAAUGCAUUUUAGUAUUAAAGCAAUUAUUGAAUAAAAUGGAAAGUAAGUGUUUGGUUAAA